AAUCAUGACUUCAGUGAUUUUCAGGUCAUAAAGUCGGAGCUCUGGAAAGAGGCACGACUUGGAAUUCCAGAAGUCUUGGGCUUACUAAAGUCGGAAGUCGGAGAUUUCCGAGUUCCCAGUUGUUUUGAACGCGACAUCUCCUAUCUCCCUUCGUCGUGACGUAGGGGUGCCUGCACAAUCCAACAUGGAGUAGCGAGCGAUGGGGCUCUAGCGGGGCCACCCCUCGGUAACGCCAGUGCCCAUUCAGCAACGCUGAACGGCCCGUCGAAAACCGGGCCCCCAGAAUUUAGGAGGCACAUGUUUUACCUCACCGUAUUACCCUGAGGAUUAUAAACUUUCGGAGAGUCUUUAUUUUACACAAGCAACUGGUUGGCAUGACAAGAAAAGGACAGCAGAGAGAGAGAGAGACCUACUGUAGUCUAAGACUGAAGCAAAGAGCGCUGUGUAUUCACACAAAGGCAGCGGAAAGAUAGGCUUCUACGCGGAAUAGAAGGGAAAGGACUGAGGAUAGGUGUUGGAAAAAAAUGACGAGCAAAAAGUAUGCACCCGCAUUGGGAUAUAAUUUCAGGUGAAACGAGAAAAUGAUAGAAGAAACACACCCAAGCGACGACAGCUACAUUGUGUGUGUAAAAGCCGUGGUGAUGGUGAGGGAUGAUUCCAGUGGAGGCUGGUUGGUCCAGGACGGGGGGGCUCUGAGUAGAGUGGGAGUCUGCAGGGUCCUGCCCCCCGAGCUGGGGCUGGGACUCGCCCCCCUGGGUCGCUCCCACUUCCUCAUCCAUGGAGAACGGCUACGGGACAAACAGGUGAGGGACAAACAGGUGAUCCUGGAGUGUGCUCUGAGGAAGAACCUUGUGUACACCAAAGCCACGCCCACCUUCCACCAUUGGAUGGUGGAAGACAGGAGGUGUGGCCUGACGUUCCAGAGGCCUGCUGAUGCUCGGGCCUUCGACAGGGGCGUACGGAAAGCCAUGGAGGACAUGGCAGAAGGCUCCACGACGUCCUCCUCAACACUCCAGAAUGAGGCAGAACUGGGCGACGAUGAUGUGUUCACCAAUGCCACAGACAGCUCAUCUAACUCCUCCUCCGAGAGACUGGAGCCCUGUCUGCAGCCACUGGACUCCUCCCCCCUCGCUGACUCAUCCCACUUACACAACAACUGCAUCCUGGGAAACGACCUCUACGAACCCUAUAGGUUGUCAGACCACUACUUCCUAGAUCUGCCUCUGCCCCGCAUCCCUCGCCACGUCACCUUCCAGGACGACGAGGAGAUCGUCAGGAUCAACCCUCGGGAACGUUCCUGGGAGCUCCCCUCGGAAUCCUCCUCCCGCUCGGAACUCCACAUGGACCAACUAGAACGCUCCUGGCUCAGGGGCUAUGAGGACUACCGCCACGCCACCGUGCGCCACAAAUACAACCGCCCGCCAGACGACUCUAUGUCUGAGUCCUAUGUCCACUUCGCUAAGAGCGAGCCCCACAAACACCACUAUAGUUAUCCCCUGGUAUCCACACCGGUAUAUUCCUCCGACCCCAAACCUACCUUCAGACCUUUACCCAAGAGGCACCACUACGCCGGCUUGGGUUCGCAACACCGCCGUCCAGGGGAUGAGGGCUUCGGUGGGGGCGUGGUCUCUACCCAGCCCCAGCCCCUCCUUCCUGGCUCGUCUGAUGGACAGGACAAGAAGUCUGAGGAGGGCGGUGUUGGCGAGCGCCUGCAGUGCCAAUACUGCGGCGAAACGUUCUACGGCGGUAACAACCGCCGGGGGCGCUGCCAGGACGCGCCGGACCCGAUCAGGGCGUGCGUCCGGAGGGUCAGCUGCAUGUGGCUGGCCGACACACUGCUGUACCACUGCAUGUCUGACCCGGAAGGGGACUACUCAGACCCCUGCUCCUGUGAGGGGGGUGGCGAGGGGAGGCUGGGCACGCGAUGGGCAGCUCUGCUGGGGUUGUCCCUAGUGGCGCCGUGUCUCUGUCUGUACCCGCCCCUUCACGCCUGCCACCGGGCCGGGGUGGCGUGCGGGAGCUGCGGGGGCAGGCAUGAAGCCUCAAUGACAUAAACCCAAAAAACACAUGGAGGGGAGAGGGGAAGGAGGGGGAGAAGAAGAGCGGUCCUAUGCCCCAUUUUGGUUUUGUGGUUUUGUUACUCUACAGACGGACGUGUAUAUACAGUGUUGGCGUGUUGUGGCUGCCAUUUUGAAAUGGCGUAAAGAUUGAUAAGCUCCUUCUUGUGUACUUGUCCUUCUCUCUCUCCUCUCGCCAUGUGACUGUCUUCUUCCCUCUAUUCCUGUUUGAGGGACGGACUCUUUAUUUUAUAUAGCUGACUAAUAUGUCAUGUAUCACAUACAACCAGGUACUUUCUACUAUUUACACCGACUUGGUGUUGAACAACUUGAAUUGUUUAGUUUGCGUAUGUUGUCCUGUGUGGUUGUUUGCUAGGAGAGCCUGUUUGAUAUUACACCUGGGUUCAUAUAGUAUUUGACAUUUAAAAAAAAAUAAUUUCAGUGUUUGUUCUAGCCGGCCUGAAGUGCCAGAUGGGCGGGGUUUGCAGUGUUUAGACUCCUAUCGGUUCAUUAAUCCAGGCGAGAUCAAUCAAGCACAGUUUUAAGUCUUUGAAAUGAUUUCAAAUAGCAUUUGAACCCAGGUCCUUUUUUUUUUAGAUAGUUCUGUUUAUAUGCCACCAGGGCCGAUCCCAGCCCCCUCUAAACCCAACUGGCCUUCUGUCCCAAGUCCUUAGAGCAACGACUAGGAGAUAAGCCUAAAGCUGCUGUACUAGUGUGUGUGUGUGUGUGUGUGUGUGUGUGUGUGUGUGUGUGUGUGUGUGUGUGUGUGUGUGUGUGUGUGUGUGUGUGUGUGUGUGUGUGUGUGUGUGUGUGUGUGUGUGUGUGUGUGUGUGUGU